GCAGGGGGUGCUGCAAUCCCCCUGGUGCUGAUACUGCUGCUGGUUGCCCUGGUCGGGGUUGCCCUGGUUGUUGCCCUCCUGCUAGUGGCUGCCUGGCGCAAGAGGAAGUCAGCGCCCGGUCCAGGGGCAGGACUUGAGUUGGUGGCGGAGGUGGAGCCGGAGCCGGAGCCGGAGCUGGAGGUAGAGCUGCCGGCGGGGCUGCGGGUGCUGCCCCUGCAGGUGCUGCUGGACGACGCAGACACGCUGCAGGCACUGGCCGAGCUGCUGGACCCAGCGGGUGCAGGGGGUACGCGGGCGCUGGCCGGGCGCUACGGGCUGUCAGCAGCCUGGGUCGAACAUGCCUACUGGCUGCGCAGCGCCCGCAGCCCCCUGCGUGCUGCCCUGCAGGCUGUGGCCCCCCGCCGCCCCCAUGCCACCCUGGGGGGCCUGGCCUGGCGCCUAGCGGCCAUGGGGCGGCGCGACGCUCUGCAAGUGCUGGCUGGGCUGGAGGUGCCCCAUGCCGAGCCUGGCCCCACCCCCCCCAGCUCCCCAGGGGGCCCCGGGUGUUUGGGCAGGGAGAGCACCCUGGUCGAUGUCAUGGUGCCGGGAGAACCCAGCCUUCCAGGGGCCCCGGUCUGCUCUCAUGGCUUUGCUGGA